CUGGAAUUAUUUCUCUUCUAGAUGAAGAAGAACCACAGCUUAAGGAAUUUGCACUACACAAAUUGAAUGCAGUUGUCAACGAUUUCUGGGCAGAAAUUUCUGAGUCUGUAGACAAAAUAGAAGUUUUGUAUGAAGAUGAAGGUUUCCGGAGUCGGCAGUUUGCGGCCUUAGUGGCAUCUAAGGUGUUUUAUCACCUGGGAGCUUUUGAGGAGUCUCUGAAUUAUGCUCUUGGAGCAGGUGAUCUCUUCAACGUCAAUGAUAACUCCGAGUAUGUGGAGACUAUUAUAGCAAAAUGCAUUGAUCACUAUACCAAGCAGUGUGUGGAAAAUGCAGAUUUGCCCGAAGGAGAAAAAAAACCAAUUGACCAGAGAUUGGAAGGCAUUGUGAAUAAAAUGUUCCAACGAUGUCUAGAUGAUCGCAAGUAUAAGCAGGCUAUUGGCAUUGCUUUGGAGACACGAAGACUAGAUGUCUUUGAGAAGACCAUACUAGAAUCGAAUGAUGUCCCAGGAAUGCUAGCUUACAGCCUCAAGCUCUGCAUGUCUUUAAUGCAGAAUAAACAGUUCCGGAAUAAAGUAUUAAGAGUUCUAGUUAAAAUCUACAUGAACUUGGAGAAACCUGAUUUCAUCAACGUUUGUCAGUGCUUAAUAUUCUUAGAUGAUCCUCAAGCUGUGAGUGACAUCUUAGAAAAACUGGUGAAGGAAGACAACCUCCUCAUGGCUUAUCAGAUCUGUUUUGAUUUGUAUGAAAGUGCCAGCCAGCAGUUUCUGUCCUCUGUGAUCCAGAAUCUUGGAACUGUGGGCACCCCCAUUGCCUCUGUGCCUGGCUCCACCAACACGGGCACCGUUGCAGGUUCUGAGAAAGACAGUGAGAUGAUGGAAACAGAAGACAAGACAGGCAAUACACUUGUUGGAAAGGCUCCAGAUACAAGCCCAGAACCCAAGGACCAGACUUUGAAAAUGAUUAAAAUUUUAAGCGGUGAAAUGGCUAUUGAGUUACAUCUGCAGUUUCUAAUACGAAACAAUAACACAGACCUCAUGAUUCUAAAAAACACAAAGGAUGCAGUACGGAAUUCAGUAUGUCACACUGCAACUGUCAUAGCAAACUCUUUCAUGCACUGUGGGACUACCAGUGACCAGUUUCUUAGAGAUAACUUGGAAUGGUUGGCCAGAGCCACUAACUGGGCAAAAUUUACUGCUACAGCCAGUUUGGGUGUAAUACAUAAGGGUCACGAGAAGGAAGCAUUGCAGUUAAUGGCCACCUACCUUCCCAAAGACACAUCUCCAGGGUCGGCCUACCAGGAAGGCGGGGGGCUGUAUGCACUGGGGCUCAUUCAUGCCAAUCACGGUGGUGACAUCAUCGAUUACCUGCUGAAUCAGCUCAAGAAUGCCAGCAAUGAUAUCGUUCGGCAUGGAGGCAGCCUGGGCCUUGGUUUGGCUGCCAUGGGAACUGCGCGCCAGGAUGUGUAUGAUUUGCUGAAAACAAACCUUUAUCAAGAUGAUGCUGUGACGGGAGAAGCAGCUGGCCUGGCCCUAGGUUUGGUUAUGUUGGGCUCUAAAAAUGCACAGGCUAUUGAGGACAUGGUCGGCUAUGCACAGGAAACUCAGCAUGAGAAGAUCUUGCGUGGUCUCGCCGUCGGCAUUGCCUUGGUGAUGUACGGGAGGAUGGAAGAGGCUGACGCUCUCAUUGAAUCUCUCUGUCGGGAUAAGGACCCAAUUCUUCGAAGGUCUGGAAUGUAUACAGUAGCCAUGGCUUAUUGUGGCUCUGGUAACAACAAAGCUAUUCGGCGCCUGCUUCAUGUGGCCGUCAGCGAUGUUAAUGAUGAUGUUAGGAGGGCAGCAGUCGAAUCACUUGGCUUCAUUCUAUUCAGGACCCCCGAGCAGUGCCCCAGUGUGGUCUCUUUGUUGUCAGAGAGUUACAACCCUCAUGUGCGCUACGGAGCUGCGAUGGCCCUGGGGAUCUGCUGCGCCGGUACAGGAAACAAGGAAGCAAUUAAUUUGCUAGAACCAAUGACAAAUGACCCUGUGAACUACGUGAGGCAAGGGGCUCUCAUAGCUUCAGCGCUCAUCAUGAUCCAGCAGACUGAAAUCACAUGUCCGAAGGUGAAUCAGUUCAGACAGCUGUAUUCCAAAGUCAUCAAUGAUAAGCAUGAUGAUGUCAUGGCCAAGUUUGGCGCUAUUCUGGCCCAGGGCAUACUAGAUGCAGGUGGCCAUAAUGUCACAAUCUCCUUACAGUCCAGAACUGGGCACACUCACAUGCCUUCUGUGGUUGGUGUCCUUGUCUUUACCCAGUUCUGGUUCUGGUUUCCGCUCUCACACUUUCUGUCAUUGGCUUAUACCCCUACCUGUGUCAUUGGCCUUAACAAGGAUUUAAAGAUGCCGAAGGUUCAGUAUAAAUCAAACUGUAAACCAUCCACAUUUGCGUAUCCUGCACCUCUGGAAGUACCAAAAGAAAAAGAAAAGGAAAAGGUUUCCACUGCUGUGUUAUCUAUUACUGCCAAGGCUAAAAAGAAGGAAAAGGAAAAAGAAAAAAAGGAGGAAGAGAAAAUGGAAGUGGAUGAAGCAGAGAAAAAAGAAGAAAAAGAGAAGAAAAAGGAGCCUGAGCCAAACUUCCAGCUAUUGGAUAACCCAGCCCGAGUUAUGCCUGCCCAGCUUAAGGUCCUCACCAUGCCAGAGACCUGUAGAUACCAGCCUUUUAAGCCACUCUCCAUCGGAGGCAUUAUCAUUCUGAAAGACACCAGCGAAGACAUCGAGGAGCUAGUGGAACCCGUGGCCGCACACGGCCCCAAAAUCGAGGAGGAAGAGCAAGAGCCAGAGCCCCCAGAGCCCUUUGAGUAUAUCGAUGACUAAGGGACCAGACGACCUCUGGCUGCUCCGAAGCCCGGCUGGCCGUGGGGAGAGCGCGGCGCGGGCCCCCAAGGGACCGGCUCCUCCGUGCACGUAGCCUCGCUCUGCGCUCACCUCACGAACUCGUCUCCAAGUCUUUGGCUGAAGAGAAAACACGACUAUUUGGUGUGCUCUUUCACAGAACUUGGUUUUCAAAUAAAUAUAUUAAAACCUCCAGAUGGGCAAGA